AGCAGCACGAGUGGGAACCUCCGAACAGAACCCAAGUAUAUAGUGUUUAUCAGCCAACUACUUUUACUCUUCAAUUUCUGCCCCACUUGCAAGUCUGAUAAUCCCCUCAUUGAAACAGAAGCUACAGGUACUAUGGUYACUGUGACAACAUCUUGCUCCAAUCCUAAAUGCCCUAAGAGAGAACAUCGUUGGAGUAGCCAGCCAAUGCUACCAGGGACAAAGAUGCCUGCUGGAAACUUUCUUCUGUYGUUUGCCAUUCUUGUCGCUGGUGGGUCAGCCAGUAAAGUGCUACAAAUAUUCUCAAACAUGGGCCUUUGCUGCUUUACACUCAAGACCUUCUUCGUUCAUCAACAGAGAAAGCUUUUUCCUGCAAUUUAUCUUCRCUGGAAAACAUAUCAGACAGAUCUACUGGGCAAAUUGCUUGACAAAAAGAAACCYYUAGUUAUMGGCGGAGAUGCACGACAUGACAGCAUGGGCCACAGUGCCAAAUAUGGCAUUUAUACUAUGUUCUGUUGUUGUACACCUGCUAUUAUUCACUUUGCCCUUGUACAGAGAAAUGAGGUUGGCAAUAGCACUGGCAUGGAGUACCAUGGAUUCCAACAGUGCAUGCAAUUCCUUUUGGGUGUCGGAAUGUCAAUUGGUGUCCUCAUAACAGACAGACAUACGUCGAUUGCCAAGCACAUGAGGGAGAGACUCCCAAACAUCAAGCACUAUUUUGAUCUAUGGCAUAUACAAAAAAAAAUUGGCAAAGUUCUUACAAAGAUUUCGAAGCUAAGUGGCUGUGAAUCCCUCAAGCCAUGGAUACRCCCUUGCCAAAACCACUUCUACUGGAGUGUGACCUCGACAAUAACUGGGGGUGGGAAGCUCAUGUGGGCUAAAUUCAAGUCAUUUCUGAGUCAUAUCAUUGAUAAACAUGAACGUUUGGAUGACCCCAUGUUCAAUAAAUGUCAUCAUGGAGAAAUUGAACCAAGACAGUGGCUAUUGCGUGGCAUAUUCUGGCUUCCAUUCACUUUAAUACCAAUCUAAACCGAGAAAGCAGGAAAAAAGCAGACGGUUCUGAGCAGAUUGUGGUUGUUUACCCUAAAUUCAAGAACGGAGAAGCCACUGUAAGGAAUCGAAAAGUAAAGCAGGAGUUUGGUAAGAAUGGAACUGGAAAA